AUGAAACAGCGAAUAACUUAUGUGGUGACGAACCCAGAGGACUUUACUCCCGAUCAACUUCAUGUUGGCGAAGACGAAUCUGGUCCAUACUUUGCUUUGGACAAUGUCUAUGCUGCAAAGGAACACCGUAUCACACUCAGCCUGAAUGAGCUACCUGAAGAGAUAAGUAACGUCUUUCAACAAUGGCACGAAUUACAUUUACGUUGGACAUCUACAAGGCCUUACGCAUCUACUCCGCCAUUCACGUCACGUGUCUCACCUGGUCUGCAUGUCUUCUUCACGCCUCUAUCAGAUACGCCUGAUGAUGCACUAUGCUCAAGCCUCCACUCCCUCAUCUCCCCGGAUCUGAAGUGUUCGUCGACAUCAUCCAGCUCCACAAAGAUGCCAGUCCUCUCAGAACGCUUCUCAAUGUCGGCCACCUCGCAGUACUACAGCUACUUGGAUGAUAUCGACAGAGUUAGGAGUUUCUUCCAGCGGAAGUUUUGCAAAAAAGAUGGAACAAGCUAUUGUUUGGAUGCGAUUGAUGGCUUUGCUCUGUCAAAUUAUGUCGAUGUGGACUACGAUACUAUCUCGAGAAGCGUUGUUCUGACAGCCGAAUCGUCCAAUGCAGGAUCCGCCAACGAAGGCUGGACUGAGACAAUCAGGCUGCCAAGUAAAGAAGCGACUGUAGAGAUUGGGGUAUUGAGUUUGGAGGGAAAUGCCGAUCCCGAAGAUGUGCAGUUUGGAGGUUUCUUGACAGUGCUAGGGCAAGACGAUAAGCCGAAACCCACGCGCUUCCAAACCCCAACCCGGCACUACCCUCUCCUCCAAGCUUCCAAGAACCCAACGGCACAACCCAAACUCCAUCCCCUAACCUACAGCACCUCCUUCAACCAACCAACCGGCCUCCACCCAACCCUCACCCUAACCUUCCCAGCACACCACCUCACCCCACCAGACCGUUCCUGUAAACUACACACCCACCUAACCCUCCCCUCCUACCUCUUCAUCGACAAGUACCAAUUCUCCGACGCCUUGUUCCUCGCAGACAAGAACCUAAAGCGCCUCCGCAGUCUAGCCGGCGCUACCGAUCUCGAAGCCCCAGACUGGGUUGUGCCGGCUUGGGGCUCCGCAGCGCUCUUUGAACUCGCCACGCCCAAGCCAGAGAAGAUUGAAUAUCCCAAGGUCAGUCUGGGUGAUGGGGAGGAGAGCGUGUGGGAGGACUUGCCGACGCAUCGUGAGGUGCCGGAGGGGGACUGGAAUGUUAGCAUACCGUUGCAUCUACGGAACAUUGGGAAGGGGGAUGUUGAGGAUGAGAAGAAGAAACAGUAG